CACGCAGUAACUUCCAAUCCUUGCACUAUAAAAAUCUCUCUCUCUCUCACCAACGCAUUUCUACAUUUUCUGUAAUCUCUCUCUCUCUCUCUCUCUCUCACUCUCAAGAAGAAGAAUCAAUGGAGGACUCAGUCAAUGAUCAAUCUUCUGCAGCUGCGAACGCGCGGAGAUCUUCAUCGAUACUUCGGUAUCCGCUGCGAUCCGCCACCAAAUCGAAGGAGGAGAAGCCACCAGCGGCCGAAUUGUCAACUUCUUCUGCGCCUAAGAGAGGAAGACCUGCACCAAGUAUAAGUAAGAGUGUGGGUGUCCUUGAUCUCUCUGCAAAGGACAAAUUGGGGAAGCCUGCUAGAAGGCUUUCUAAUCCUGCCAAGCCAACUGUCGGCACUGUUCCAAGAUCAGUUGGUAAUAUUACUCCAAUUUCUGAGGCUAAAGCAAAAAAGUCUGUUGAUAGUCAAGCAAAAAAUGACACACCAGUUUCUGAUGUUUCCAAAUCUUCAAACCGAAAGAAGUUCGCUGUUCUGUCAUCAGCAUCGUAUUGGUUAUCACAGAUUAAGCUGUCUGAAUCUGCUGCGAAGCACACAAUCUCUCUUGGUUUCUUCAAACUUGCUUUAGAGGCUGGAUGUGAGCCGCUUCAAAAAAUGAGGGAUGAGCUGAAAUCUUACACGCGUCGACAUAACAUGGCUGAACUUGGCGAAACUGCAAAAGAAUUAUUUGAGAGCUACAAUAUAUUAGAAAACUUUGAGCAGUUGCAAGUCUCUGAAACCUGUUCCCAAGCGCUCGAAGAGGGAACUCGCUCAUCCGAUGAUGAUGUCAACAGCUCUUCCUCUGUUACGGGAACUGGAAAACUGAAACCAAAGGUUUUGAACACUGAUGCUAGCGCUCAAGCUUCUCCAGUCACAGAAUCAGCCAAGAAGGUUACUACUCAAAAAGAUAAUCCUCGAAUGAAGAAUAGGGGAUCUUUGAAUAAGAAUCCUUCUAACAGUCGAACUACUUCAGAAACUGCUGGGCGUAGCAUAUCAAAAAUAUCCCAAAAGCCAAUCAAGCAAGAAUCUAAUAAAGACGAGGAUAAGAUCAAGAAACAGGGAAAGAAAGCUGCCUGUGAACAAGGUCCAGCCAGUCCUCUGCCCACUGACAAACCCAAAGAUGAACCACUCCAAGAAAACAAAGAAAACAUGGAUGCUCCUCCAAUGGAAGAGAUCAACUUGACUGAAGUCUAGACAGAAUCUUGCAACAAGCAUGCUGAAUUAUAAGUGGGGCGAUUUUAUUUUGUAUAGAAAUAGGGCUGUGGUGGAAGUGUUUCAGUUUCGUGAUAAAGUCAUUAUUUUAAAAUUUUCUUAUUUGCCUUUAGUAUUAUACAAUUAUAUAUAUAUAUAUAUAUAUAUAUUAUGUUGGUGAUUUGAGAUUGUAUUGAAUCAUUAAACUUGAUGGUUUUUGCUUGAUUUGGUAAUUCUUUAA